GCCCGAACUGGGGUUCUGUGCCCGCGGGGCUGCUGCCCCAGCUGGACUACCGCCAUGGAACUCAGCACCAAAUACCUCAUGGAGAAGCUGCAGCGGGACCUGGCGGCGGAGCAUGUGGCAGUGGAGGACAACACGACCCGCAGCCUUUGCGCCUGUAGCUUCCGAGUUCUGGCGGUGUCGGCCAAGUUCGAGCGCAAGCCGAUGCUUCAGAGACACCGGCUGGUGAACGCGUGCCUAGCAGAAGGGCUCCUGCACAUCAAUGCCUUUGAACAGAAAACCCUGAUCCCAGAGCAGUGGGCCCGUGAGCGGUAG